AUGGUCCUUUUUGCAGGAAGAAUUCCUUUUGCAUUUCUUGAAGACAUUCAUCAGAGAUUUGUGAGGACUUAUGGUCGGGCAGUUCUAUCAGCCCAGGCAUAUGCCAUGAAUGAUGAAUUUUCAAGGGUUCUGAGCCAACAGAUCGAGUAUUACUCAAAUGAUCCAAAUGCAGAUAGGAUUAACAGAUUAAAAGGUGAAAUGAGUCAGGUACGCAAUGUCAUGAUAGAGAAUAUUGAUAAAGUUCUAGACAGAGGUGAUCGUUUGGAGUUGCUGGUUGACAAAACUGCCAAUAUGCAAGGAAAUACUUUUCGCUUCAGAAAGCAGGCUCGGCGUUUCAGGAACACUGUAUGGUGGAGAAAUGUCAAGCUCACGUAUGUUAUCUAA